CAGCUGUCAACCAUUUUUCCAACAAAGUAAUUUUUACGCUGCAUUUCUUUAUGAAAUUGACGUGGCAUUUGCAUUUCCCACCCAAUUAAUCGUCAACUUUGUGAUUGCUGUGUCUGCGCGUCGCGGUGGUGAUACAAUUGAGCGAUGGGACUCACGAUAUCCAGCCUUUUUUCACGCCUCUUCGGCGAGAAACAGAUGCGAAUUCUUAUGGUGGGCCUCGAUGCUGCCGGCAAGACAACAAUUCUGUACAAGCUGAAGCUGGGCGAGAUUGUCACGACCAUUCCAACGAUUGGCUUCAACGUCGAGACUGUUCAAUACAAAAAUAUCUGCUUCACUGUGUGGGAUGUUGGUGGCCAGGACAAAAUUCGACCCCUCUGGAGACACUACUUCCAGAACACGCAGGGCCUCAUCUUCGUGGUGGAUUCCAAUGAUAGAGAGCGCGUGGGCGAGGCCGAGAAGGAACUGCAGAACAUGCUGACGGAGGACGAGCUGAAGGACGCUGUAAUUCUAAUAUUUGCCAAUAAGCAAGAUUUGCCGAAUGCAAUGACCGCGGCCGAGCUGACGGACAAGCUGAACCUCAAUCAGAUGCGAAACCGCCGCUGGUACAUUCAGGCCACCUGCGCCACGCAGGGUCACGGCUUGUACGAGGGACUAGAUUGGCUGUCCAAUGAACUGGUUAAGAAAUAGACAUCUCACCCACUUUCCUCACUCGCGAACACACACGAAACCCGGUGAAAUUGGUGGAAAACCACGGAGAAGAUAAAAAAGAAAAUGGCACACAGAUUUGUGUACGGAAGUUUAUUUUAACAAUAAUAUGUCUUAGAUACUA